AUACAGUAAGGCUACAUUUUCCUGCAGGAGGCGGCAUGGGGGAGACGGUCUGCUAUUCAGUCUGAGACUUUUAUCUACAAAGUUCAGGUUAAAAUAUCCUGAAUUUGGAGGACCAUGGACGUCUACGCUAAACCUUUGUGCUACGAGCUGCUGGCAGAGGUGGGAGAGGGCUCCUACGGUAAGGUGUAUAAAGCCAGAGAGGCGGGGGGGACACAGCGCCUCCUGGCGGUGAAGAAAUUCAACAUGCUCGAGGACACGUCAGAGACCGGGAUCCCUGCCUUCAUCAUCCGCGAGGUGGCGCUGCUGCGUAAAAUGAAGUACUUCAACCAUCCCAACAUAGUCAAGCUGUUGGAUGCAUCUGCUGUGCCAGUGGGCAGGAGCUUGGACCUCACUCUGGUGCUGGAAUACAUUGACCAGGACCUGUCCACCUACCUCUCCAAGGUCCCUGCUUCUGGACUGAGCCGUGACUGUAUUAAGGAUGUGAUACAGCAGCUGCUGCGAGGAUUGGACUUCUUGCACACAAACAUGGUGCUGCACCGUGACCUGAAACCACAAAACAUCCUGGUCAGCAGCCAUGGAGAAGUUAAGAUCGCAGACUUUGGAUUGGCACGUAUCUACACCUUCAACAUCGCUCUCACUCCAGAUGUGGUGACGCUGUGGUACAGAGCCCCCGAGGUGCUGCUACACUCUGUUUACAUGUCCUCAGUGGACAUGUGGAGCGCUGGCUGCAUCUUGGCUGAGCUUUUCCUCUUGAGACCACUGUUUGAGGGAUACACAGAGAUACAGCAGCUGCAAAAAAUCUUUGAGGUGAUCGGUUUGCCCAGCGAGGACGACUGGCCUGAUGACAGCCCGAUCUUAUACUCAGUCGGCUGGGGGCCACAAGGCUCGUGCACCAAGCUGCUGCACAACCUGGGCCCAGAUGAGAACGACCUGCUAUCUAAAUGUUUGGCAUUCAGACCGAGCUGUCGCAUCUCAGCCGCCAAAGCCCUGGCUCAUCCUUUCUUCAUGAAGCACUGAAGCUACGGAUGAAGACAAACUUCAGCUUUUCCUACUGUCAGCUGCACUAACUCGAUCCCUCCUACACUUUUCUUCAGGAGUUCACCAGCAUCAUGACAAACUGUGGUCAGGUUUGAGGUAACAACUUUGUACCUUGUGAACAUCAGUAACUGGUAGAACACGACUCUGAUGGUAUAAAACACUUAUCACAGUCAAAACAUUAUUGAAGGAUUACUCUGUGACAGUCUAACGUAAAAGUAUGAUGUUCUUGAAAUAUUUGAUGCAACUUUGUGUCUUUCCACAAAUGUAGUGCUGCUUUGUUGUUGCUGAGUGUUAGUAUUAAAUUCUGUUUUGCUGUAAACUACUGACGACACUAUUAUGAGCACCUUUAAGUUGCUGAGUUGGUUUAUGUUGUUUCACCAAAG